GGAUUGUGUAGGCGGAAAUUUGAUGGUGUAUGUUACCCGAUGACUUUACCGACUACUGAUGAUUUGUACUCAUGUUAUGAUAAACUAACCGACAGUUCUAUAGAUUUAAAGGAGGUUGUGACUGUGGUUUUCUAAUAUUUCGUCUAUUAUUAGAGAGAAAAUGCCUACAAAACAGUACUUGUAGGUGUUAAAGGCGAUGAAAAUGCAAAGAGAUUGUCAAGUCAGUUUAUAGCAAGAUUUAGCAAACUUUUCGAGAAUCUACUGGAGGAAAGUUUCAAUUGUUUUCUGGAUUUAUGUGACGACGACGAUGUAAACGUUCGAAGUCAAGUGGUGCACGAUUUGUUACAGUUUUGUAAACAUGCACGGGUGUUCGUCCCACGUGUUGCUGAUGUUCUCGUUCAAAUGUAUCAAACAGAUGAUAAGAAGGAGCUGAAUGUAAUUUCUUUGGCUUUGUCUCAACUACUUCAUUCGGAGUCGAAAGCGACCUUACUAGGAAUAUUCAAUCGACUUCUUUCAAUGAAUGCAGAAAAUUCUAGAGAAAAUACUCUCAAAUUCCUAUGUGAACGUUUAAAAAGUCUACCAGACAAUGUAUUAACCAGUGAUCUGGAGUCUUUUGUGGUUGAACAAACUAAUCGAGUGCUACAUGAUGUUUCUGAGGAUGAGUUUCCAAUGUUAAUCUCUUUACUAUCAUCCCUGAAAUGUAUGUCUACACUGACUGGCAGGCAAAAACUAGUCGGCAUGAUCUCUCAACAAGCUUUGCAGGCCGUUCCUACAUUCAAUGCUAGUGAUCGGGCAUGUAUAGCUCAAGUUCGGGAGAGUUGUAGACAGGCUGCCUUAUGUAUAUCUAAAAACGUUAAUGCUCAUGACUUGUACAUAUACAUGUUGGAAAAAUUCCUACCACAAUUUGGUGACUUUGCUGAAGACACUUUCGACGAACGGCUGAGCUUACUUCAGUUGACCGCAGAGCUACUGUUUUUCCCAAGUCAAGCACUUGCAUCGAUAAAGUCAGAGGAUAUAACAAAAUAUUUAAACUCUGCUUUUAAUAUACUGUCAAUGUUCUUGCCUAACAUCCCUUCGGAAGAAACAGCUGACAACUUGAAACAGCCUUCUAUAGAAAAACCAACAUUAAACCAGAUGGGUUUGAAGUUUUCGGAGUUAGAAGCAAGUUUGUUUUUAUGCUGCCAGCUUGGAUGUUAUUAUCCUCAAUAUUUUGGGGGGAAAGCGAAUGAUAAUGAACCUGAGUUAUCUGUUAUCGAAGAUGGAGUCGAUAGAUUACGUACUGUCAGACCUCGUCUCCAGUACUUAAGUCAGCUAGCACAAGAUUAUGCAACAACAAUAUCUGGUCAGUUGGAUAAGAAUUUACAGUCUGAAGAGAGCAAGCUUCGAAUCAUGGCUCACAGACUUAUGAUGAACAUACAGCGAAUGAUACGGUGCUUUUUUCACAACCCUCCAAUGUUCAAAACCAUCAAUGUAACAUUGUCGUGGAUUCAAUCACCUGUUACUUCGAUUCCAGGUACAAAGCGUCCUCUUUCCACGGAUUCGGGUAAUCACCAUAGUACAGGUGUUCGACAACCACGUGGUGAUAGACUAUUGUAUACUCCACCAAUCGGUCAGUGGUCUCGUGUUGAUACUAUUGAUUCGAAUAAAGGCAGAUUUCGAUGUGGUCGUAGUGGUCGGGGGCGUGGACGGAACUUCUAAAUUGACAUCGUUUGUUUUGUGUUACUUACCCCUCUUUAAUUGCUAGCUGUAAAAUAUUCUCUAACCAGCUGUUGAUGCUAUUCUGUAAUUCAACACAUUUUAAUACUUGUAUUUUUCCUUUUUGUACAUGUAUGAUAUUAGUAAACAACAUCUCAUAAUG